AUGCACUUCAUCAACAUCGCUAGCAUGGCCCUCGCCCUCGCUGGCUCCACCUACGGUGCUGCCAUGUCCCAAGACCACGUAAUCUUCGUCCUGCCCGGCGGUGAAUUCCCAACUAGAGCCGGGAUCCAUCCACCUACUUCAGUCGCCGUCACCACCGAGAGCCCCCUCGCGAUGUCUCUCAAGGCGUCGUUCUUUCCACCUCCAGCUUCGGUCAUUGACUUUGAAAAAGUCGCCACAUCAUCCACUCCAACGACCUUCGAUACUGUCGUCGUCACUACUACGACUGUGGCUGCUUCUACCAUCACGGGGGAUGCCAUGGGCUCCACUACUACGACUUCGCCUCCUAUCACCAACAGGGCCGUUGGGGUCUACUCGACUGUCGUGGUCACCGAGGUUAUCCACAACACUAUCAUGCACACCGUCACCGCUUCCACUUUUGAGGAUGCACUUGUCGCUCGACAGGUGGGCGUAAAGACUGCCUUCGCAACCGUAACCGCCACCGCUCCGGCUCUUUCAACUUUGACCCCAUUCACGACUCUCUCUGUUACCGCCACCGCUACUGCUACCCCCGAGCAAUCCGAUGCUGGUGUGCUUACUGUCCUCACAACCGUCACCGCCACCGCCCCGGCUCUUCAUACUAUCACUCCCGCCGCUUCUAUCAAGCGGGAGGAAUCUAGCAUGUUUACCAUCACUGAGACUGUCGAUGCUCCUAAGGAAUCUAGCAUGUUUACCAUCACUGAGACUGUCGAUGCUCCUCCCGCAAUGACUGCGCGGCAGUGA